AGACCAACUUCCAUAAGCCAGAGACAGCAAGGGUCUGUAGCUAGCCAGAGACAUGCUCAGGACGUGUCUUGCCGCUGCCAUCAGGGCACCGACCAAGGCAUCCCAGGGGCUAUUGCUCAGCAGCCGGCGAUAUGCCUCAGAGAAGCCAACAUCAGACAACACCUCUCCCGACGAUGCACAAGAUCCACUUAAAUCAGCACAGCAGCCACCACCGUUGCCUGCAGGGGGUGCGCCGCCUGUUGGUGAUGCAAAGCCGCCAUCGCUCGAAGGAAAUCCAGACUUGCUUGCCAUGUUGCAAGAUGCAGGAGAAGCGCCUGCUCGGCCGACAAAGGCGACAGGUGGCGGAUACAAAUCCACAGCCGACCGAAAGCGAGAACGCAUGGCGAAUGUGUUUCUAGGCAUUUUCUUGCUUGGUGCAUUGGGUGGUGCUGCGUAUCUCGCUUCAGAGUCGGCAGACUCAGAGAUCAAGGGAUACACGCCGGGUGCCAUCUAUGAGCGCCUCAAGGAACGCUUUACAGGACAAGUGAAGCACUACACAGAGCCAGCAUUUGCUAAACUCCUGCCUGAUCCACUCCCCGAGCCUUACCAAAGACGCUAUACGCUUGUACUGGAUUUGGAUGAUUUGCUCAUCCACAGUGAUUGGUCGCGUGAGUAUGGCUGGCGGACAGCGAAACGGCCCGGCCUCGACUACUUCCUCUCCUACCUCUCACAGUACUACGAGAUUGUCGUCUUUACCAAUCAAUAUGCAGGGACUGCGUUGCCUAUUGUACAAAAGCUUGACCCUUACCGCUCGAGUCUGUCGGCGACCUUGUUUCGCGAAUCUGCACGGUAUGAAGAUGGCAAAUUCAUCAAGGAUCUGAGCUACAUGAAUAGAGCACUCGAACGUGUCAUUCUCAUGGACACAAACAAAGAUGCUGCUUCUGCUCAGCCAGAGAAUGCCAUCAUUCUCGAACCAUGGAAGGGAGAUGUCGGGCCUAGCUCCAAUGCAAAGGAACUUCUCAGUCACUUGCCGUUCCUGGAGUAUCUUGCAGCAGUCGAGGUGGACGACGUUCGACAAGCACUCAGAUCCUACCAGGGUAAGCACAUCCCUACAGAGUAUAUGGAGCGUGAGAAUGCCCUACGGCAGCAAAUCGCAGAGUCUCGCAAGACGAGUCGGUCAACUGGGUUCUUUGGUGGUAAACCAAAAGCAGGCAAAGAAGCACCCGUGGAGAUUUUCAUGGAUCAACAACGUAAACGUGCACAAGCAGCACAUAAGGAGUAUAUGCAGUACUUGAAGGAUAAUGGUGCAAAGAUGCUGGCGGAGGAAAAGGCAAAAGAGGCAGAGAUGAUGGCAGGCAUGAAGACGAGUAUUGUUGGCUGGCUCGGGUCUUCUGGACAACCGCCUACUAGUCAGCCUGAGCAGCCUGCAGCGAGGCAGAAUUAAGACUUGCUGCAUCUUGACACAUAUCUCCUCUCUCUCAUACUCUCAUAUAGUGACCCCUGCAUCUGUGUUGGAACUCG